AAUUCAUUCUCUAACCGCGUUUUGCCACGAAACUAACACAUAAAUACUCUAGAGAGACAGACAAAACCAAAAACAAAACAAAACAAAAAGGCAAAAAGAAGAACAAGAUCAGCAGAAGAAGAAGAAGAAGAAGAAGAAGCUUUUCUUUUCUUUUUCUUCUUUUGGUGGUCACUAGUCACUGUGCCAUUCAUUCUCUACACGCAGCCACAAAUAUUACAUUGACUACCAUCAUUCCACAACCAGAACUGGCUAGUGUUUGUCUAUUUCUUUAACCCAACAAAAAAAAAAAAAAACAUUUGUCCUUUUCUUUCUUCUGCUUUCGUUUUAUAUAUAUUAUAUGUACUCCUAAAGUUUGCUGCGCUUCCGCGUUCAUGUCUUUUCACUGAGAUUCCGAAACGACGCGUUUCAAUCCCCAAACAUUCCUCUUUAAGAGCUCACUCAAGAAAAACAGACCUCACCAGGGACCGGAGAGGAUUUUGGUCGAUCAAUGAGGGGAUUUCCGAAGCACGAGAGACGAUGGGCGUCGGACUCCGUGCCCGCCGUGAGCGGAGGAUCGUCGCCGGGGAACGACUCCGGCUCGGCCGAGGAGUUCGUCGAAGUGACCCUCGAUCUCCAAGACGACGACACGAUCGUGCUUCGGAGCGUCGAGCCGGCGACGGCGAUCAACAUUGACGACGGAGCCUCCUCCUCCGCCGGAGGGAUCGAAACGCCGGCGUCGGGGUCGAGGUCGCCGUCGUCGAUCAGGCGGACGUCGUCGAAGCGGCUGCGGCAGUUCUCGCAGGAGCUGAAGGCGGAGGCCGUCGCGAAGGCGAGGCAGUUCUCGCAGGAGCUGAAAGCGGAGCUGCGGCGGUUCUCGUGGAGCCACGGCCACGCGGCGCGCGUGCUCUCGGCUUCGGCUUCGGCUUCAUCCUCGGCGGCUGCCGGCGGCGGAGUCGAAUCAGCUCUGGCGGCUCGAGCCUUGAGGAGGCAGAGAGCUCAGCUCGAUCGGACUCGCUCCGGCGCUCAGAAGGCGCUUCGCGGAUUGAGAUUCAUCAGUAACACCCGCAAGGCCAACAAUGGCGUCGACGGGUGGAACGAAGUCCUGAAGAACUUCGAAAAGCUUGCCAAAGACGGUUAUCUUUAUCGCUCCGAUUUUGCCGAAUGCAUUGGAAUGAGAGAUUCAAAGGAGUUUGCUUUGGAGUUACUUGAUGCUUUGGGACGAAGACGAAGAUUGAAGGUUGAAAAAAUCAGCAGAGACGAACUCUACGAGUUUUGGUCGCAAAUUACCGAUCAAAGCUUCGAUUCGCGACUCCAGAUCUUCUUCGACAUGGUGGACAAGAACGAAGAUGGUAGAAUCACUGAAGAGGAAGUAAAAGAGAUUAUUAUGCUAAGUGCGUCUGCAAACAAGCUAUCGAGAUUGAAGGAACAAGCAGAAGAAUAUGCAGCUCUGAUCAUGGAAGAAUUGGACCCUGAAAGACUUGGCUACAUUGAGCUAUGGCAACUGGAAACCCUUUUGCUGCAAAAGGACACGUACCUAAACUACAGCCAAGCACUGAGCUACACGAGCCAAGCUCUGAGCCAGAAUCUCCAAGGCCUCAGAAAGAGAAGCCGAAUACGCAGGUUGAGCACAAAACUCGUCUAUUAUUUGCAAGAGAAUUGGAAGAGAAUUUGGGUCAUAGCACUUUGGAUCGCAAUCAUGAUUGGUCUGUUCACAUGGAAGUUCUUACAGUACAAGCAGAGAAGCGCUUUCAGGAUAAUGGGUUACUGUCUUCUCACGGCUAAAGGGGCAGCCGAGACCUUAAAGUUCAACAUGGCUCUCAUUCUCUUGCCCGUGUGUAGAAACAUCAUCACUUGGCUCAGGAACACAAAGCUCGGUUACUUUGUGCCCUUUGACGACAAUAUCAACUUCCACAAGACAAUAGCUGCAGCCAUUGUGGUUGGCGUCAUUCUCCACGUUGGGAACCAUCUUGCAUGUGAUUUUCCAAGGCUAAUAAAUGUGACAGAAGAAGACUACAAUCAAUAUUUGAGCCAUGACUUUGGAACCCAUAAACCAACAUAUGCAGCUUUGGUCAAAGGGCCUGAGGGUGUGACGGGAAUUCUAAUGGUCAUAUGCAUGGCUGUGGCCUUCACACUUGCCACACGGUGGUUCAGAAGGAGCGUCAUUAAGCUUCCCAAGCCCUUUGACAGACUCACUGGCUUCAAUGCCUUCUGGUAUUCACACCACCUGUUUGUCAUUGUCUAUGUCUUGCUCGUAAUCCACGGCGUGUUUGUCUAUCUCGUUCACAGAUGGUACCUUAAGACGACAUGGGUAUAUCUAGCUGUUCCAGUUUUACUAUAUGCUGGAGAGAGGACCCUGAGAUUUUUCCGGUCUGGAUUUUACGCCGUCCGUCUUCUAAAGGUCGCCAUUUAUCCUGGAAAUGUUCUAACGUUGCAAAUGUCCAAGCCGCCCCAGUUUAAAUACAAAAGUGGGCAGUACAUGUUUGUUCAAUGCCCGGCCGUUUCUCCCUUUGAGUGGCAUCCAUUUUCCAUUACAUCUGCUCCUGGAGAUGACUACCUUAGCGUUCAUAUCCGUCAGCUAGGCGACUGGACACAAGAGCUUAAGAGGGUAUUCUCAGAAGCCUGUGAGCCUCCUGUAGCUGGGAAGAGUGGCCUUCUUAGGGCUGAUGAAACAACAAAGAAAAGUUUGCCAAAGCUUUUAAUAGAUGGGCCUUAUGGUGCUCCUGCACAAGACUAUCAGAAAUAUGAUGUCUUGCUGCUUGUUGGUCUUGGGAUUGGCGCCACACCUUUCAUCAGCAUUUUGAAAGAUUUGCUCAACAACAUCGUAAAAAUGGAGGAGCAGGCAGAUUCGGCCUCAGAUUUCAGUAGAACGUCAGACUUAAGUGCCGGGAGUGCGGACUUUACCACUCCCAACAGGGUUUCCCCGAAAAGAAAAAAGCCACUAAAGACCACAAACGCCUACUUUUAUUGGGUAACUCGGGAGCAAGGCUCAUUCGAUUGGUUCAAGGGGGUGAUGAACGAAGUUGCGGAGCUUGAUCAAAGGGGUGUAAUUGAGAUGCACAACUACUUGACUAGUGUGUACGAGGAAGGUGAUGCUCGAUCGGCUCUAAUCACCAUGGUUCAAGCUCUCAACCACGCCAAGAACGGCGUCGACAUUGUGUCAGGCACAAGGGUGCGAACCCAUUUUGCGAGGCCUAAUUGGAAGAAAGUUUUCUCCAAAAUCUGUUCCAAGCACUGCAGUGCUAGAAUAGGAGUAUUUUACUGUGGAGCUCCGGUUCUAGCAAAAGAACUUAGCAAGCUUUGCUAUGAGUUCAAUCAGAAAGGUUCAACCAAGUUUGAAUUCCAUAAGGAACAUUUCUAGAAUGCGUCUAGGAUCAUAUAUAUAUAUAUAUAUUAUAUACAUACAUACAUAUAUAUAUAUAAAACAACAUUUUACACCCCUCGCCAAGUCUUCUCUCGCAAUUUGUAGCUACGAGAGUAAGCAAUUUUGUUAGCUUUAGAUACAACUAUAUAUAUAUUUGUACAGUCUUGCAUAGCCAAAUGAAAAAAGGGUAAAAGAAAAAAAAAAAGAAAAAGAAAAGGAUGAUAUAUUAUGUACACAAAACGUUGUGUUACUUAUUAUUACUUGUGAAUGAUGAAAUCUGCAUUGUACGUGGCAAAAGAUCAAGUGUGGCACGUGUCAGGUGGACCUGAAAUGAGACAGCUGGGGAACAAACUAUCAGUGUGGUACAAUAAUAGAAGUUGACAUAAUUGAUGAAGACAUUAUUAUUAUUAUUAUUAUGAAUCAAUGGUAGACAUUGAUUGGUGGGUUAGGAGAAGAUAGUUCUGAAAGGAAGAACAGAGGACGACCUUCAGGCUGUGGAUGAUGGCUAAGGGAAUCCUUCUGGAAUGUAAUGACGCAGACUACCACUUUCAAUUAUUUUUAUAGAUUAUCAUCGAUUAGAAUAAAGUAACAUAUUUCUGUAAAUUAGGAAUUAUAUAUACCUUUUUUUUUUCUUUGUUCUUGUGGGGGCACGUUAACUCGUGUAGAAUCUUUGUGGGACAUUUUGGCAUCCCUUGGAAAGUAGAGGAGCCAUAAUGCUAAAUAAAACUUGCAAUGUUUUGUUUUCA